UCUUUGUCCAUGAUAAAAAGGUCGGCUCAUACUACUGGUCUGAGUUCUCAUUAAACGCACGGAACAUAUCAUCAUUACAGCAAGCUCCAUACAUCUCAAGUAAAAUAAGCAUGACGGAUAUGAUUUCCAAAGGCCCGUCUCUCGUGUUUGGUGCUUCGGGCGAACAAGGCCGAGUUGUUGUUGAAGGUUUAGUCGACACAGGCUACUCUCCAGUAUAUGCGUUCACACGUUUAAAGCACGAUACCUAUUUGACAGACGCAAUCGGGGCCAAGCUGAUUACAGGUGAUUUGGAAAAUCCUGAUGACGUCCGCAUCGCCCUGAGGCAAACACGAGCGCAGACUGUCUACCUCGUGACGACUACCGCCUUACCCACGGAAAUUGGCCAAACAACAGGAUUUUCCGCCGCUGCCACUGCAGAAUUUCAAGCCAUUGUCAACUUUUUUCAUCUCUUAAAAGCAGUGUACGAUGAAGACAAAUUACCUCGUCAUGUGGUGCUUUCCACUCGGGACAACGUUCAAGAAGUCACGCGCAAGAAUUUCGAGGAAACAGGAGAUAUCUGGAUUGAUCCAUUGGACGACGGUAGUAUUGUUCCCCAUUAUAGUGCCAAGGGAAAGGGUGCUCAGUACGCGCUUAAGUACUUAGAUGACAUUGGGGAUCUUAAACUUACUUGCCUCGCUUUACCGUUCAUGUAUUCCAAUUUCUUGGGAUUCUUUUGUCCCCUUCCAAACGAAGGGCGCACUCAAUGGGUUCUCUCGGCCUCACUUGGCGAAGGCAAAGUAGACAUGAUGGGAAGUGCCGAUCUCGCUGCGAUUGUUCCCAACAUCUUUGCGAAUUCCGACAAGUACGACGGCGAGAUCAUUCGUCUUGUUGGCGAACGUCUCACAAUCGAUGAAGUGGCAGGGGCUUUUGCAGAUUUGUUUGGCAAAGAUGUCAUUUAUAACCCGCUUACGCCUGCCGAGGUAGCGGCACUUCCUUUUGCCGCGGCUCCGGCAAUGGCACAAAUGUGUCAAUUUUUGGGCGAUCCCCGAUCCUUGCAGCACGAUUUGGAAGUGAGCAAAGAAGUCGCUUUUCCGAAGCAACUCCAGCGAUUUGAAGACUGGUUACUUACACAUUCAGACUCGACGGCGUUUACGCAGGUUGGAUUGGACGUAGAUGCGCCUGACAUAGAAUCUGUCACAGUCUUUGGCGCGACCAGUUCAGAAGGAGUGUCGGUUGUCAAGGGGCUUCUGGCUGAUACACGCAAGUCGUACCGCAUUCGCGCCACGACACGUCAUUUGGACUCAGAAAAGGCCAAAGCUCUGCAGAAGCUGGACCCGUCUCGUAUCGAUUUAGUGUAUGCAGACUUCGACGAUAUUGACUCCUGUCGUGCCGCUCUGGCUGGUGAAUUCUCACAAGGUGUCUUUCUAGCCACAGAUUUUUACGAAGACGCGGCGCAGGACAUGGAAGCCGAAGAACAGCACGCCAAAAAUGUUAUAGAUGCCUGCGAAGCUGCCAAGAACGUGAAGCACGUGGUCUUCUCGACAAUGGAGUCGGUAGAAGAAAUGAAUCAAAAACUAAAUCUCGGAUUACCAAAAGUUAUCGACAACAAAGGGAAAGAAGGAACAAUUGUGCAGUUUGAUGCAAAGGCUCGAGCGGCGGCCUACGCGCGCACUAAGAAGAUUUCGGUAACUUAUGUUUUGAUGCCGUGCUAUUCUGAGGUCUUUUUCGAUAUGAUCGAGAAACGCAUCGAACAAGGGAAGGAGAAGCUGGUUUUGACUAUUCCUCUGAAAAACGAUGCGAAGGUCAUGUGUAUGAGUGUUGACGAGCUUGGCCCUGCGGUAGCCAACAUUUUCGAUAGUUACCAAGUUUAUGCAGGCCAUGAAAUCGGCCUUGUUACCGACUUCGUUUCUGUUGCAGAAGUCAAGGAUUUGAUCGCGGAAAUUUUCCUCGCCAAUGAGAAAGAUGCAAUGACACUAGAAACUGAGGAAGUAUCAUCCGACGAUUGGAUAGAGGCCAAAGAUACUUAUAUGAAGGAUUUGGGACAAAUGUUUGCUUACAUGUCUCAUUCGGAUGCUGUCAAAAUGCGCCGAUCAAUUGCAAAGACAAUGAAGCUUGUCCCAGAAGCUCGUGCGCUCCGACAAUGGGUCGAACAGAACCGAGAGAAUGUAGCUUUCCGCGAAAAGCUUGGUCUCCGCUGAUACAGCCGUGUCAAGCUUCAUGAAAGACCCUCUAGGAUGGAGAAGUUCAAACUGAAAGGAAUGGAUGCAUAUUCUUCACAUAAAUGUUAAUGAAGCAAGUUACAGUUUC